AAACGGUCACAUUGCACUGCUAAGAAUAUAAAACGCAGGCACGGCGUUCCAUUUAUCUUUGGUAAUUUUACUCCUCAAUUGAUAAAAACAAAGUGAAAAUUAAAAAUGACUUGAAUAACUUUUAGAAUACAUAACCAUCUUUUUUUUUUUUUUUUUUUUUUGAUUUUUUUUUGCACGUGAAUAGUAUUUCUAAGUAUUUAGCCGCUAAGUGAAAACAACAACAACAACAACAUCUAUUGCUAGAGGAACGCCAGCCAACAAAUUCGAUGAAAGCCGGUGAAAACGUACAGCUAAUGAAAUUAAAUAACAUGUUUUAACGGAAGCGCGGUGCAGCUACGGCAAGGCAGGCGGCAAACGCAGCAGCUCGCCCAGCGCAGUAUCCGACUAACGGGAACUGUCAUUAAACGUUUAUCCACAUUUUUCUAUUGUCCAUCCAUUUACACAAUGGAGGCACAAAGACUUUAUAUACAAAUUACGCUACUCUCAUUGAAGUCCGCGUCGAACUUGUCGACCCGUCGCAUUCAUGAGAUCAAUACUGGUAUUGGUGAACUGCGUCAGCUGCUGUCGUGUGCCGUCUGCUGUAAGCUGCUCAAUGAUCCCUACAAGCCGAAGGGACGCCGUUGUGGUCACCAUGUUUGCCGGCUGUGCAUGCGUGGACGUAAAAAUCUGUGGCCCAGUUGUCCGCAGUGCAAGGACUGUUCAGAUUUCCGCACCUACGAGGAGAACAAAACAAUGGCUCUGCAGUUGCUGUGCUAUAAAACGCUCUGUGUGCAUUUACGGCAGUCUGCGCUGUAUUCGGAGUUCUUUCAUCUGCGACCGGACAUUAAGACUUCAAUCAACGUCGAGCGGAAGCCACGGAUUCGGCUCCCGAAUAGAUCGACACAGUGGUUCAUAGAGGAGGGCGCCAACUAUGAGAAUAUGUCUGAAACAUUUUUGCUCCAGCCGGAUUUACCGUUUCUUGCAAAUGCUCCGUCAUCGUUGCCAGCGGAGACGCCUCCAACGACAGCGGCCACCACUCCUGAGCUGCCGUACGAGCAGCAUAUGCCGAAUCAGUUGUCCAUUACGGACAUUGAGCUGGAGGCAGCUGCAACUGGGGAGCAGGCGCAGUAUGCUCAUCCAUUGCCCAUGAUGACAUCCGGAGCACGAAUGUUGACACACACUCACAUCGCACCCCAGCCCCAGCAAGUGCUCGUUCCCGCGGAUGAACCAAUGUUGCCAGCCGGUUACAUCGAAUCGCCGUGGUCGGAUCAAGUGGAUCUAUCGGGAGCUUUUACGAUACCUGCGGAUUAUGUCAACAGCACGUCCAACUAUACAACCUAUGUAAUGCCGAAUGGCGAGGUGCAUAUGGCCCCCAUUGGUCAGGUAGUGCAGCUAUCACAUCAAGAGCAGCUAUCAGAGCAGGAUCAGCUAUCACAACAAGAGCAACUGUCACAAGAGGAGCAGCUCGCAGAAGUCGCAACAGUUGAACCUAUGGAAACAGUUGAGCCAGAUGUGCCAAUUGUCGCCAGCACCUCCAAGGCGACUGCUUUUAAGUCAGUGAAUGCCAGUGGCUCCAUAAAACGGCGUCGUGCACAAAUGCUGCUCGACCAUGUGGAGGACGAGGAACUGUUGCCAAGCACCAAAGCCGUUGCGCCCACGAGCACGCUCACAAAUUUCCGUAAUAAGAAACCCACUAUAAUCUCGUCGGUUCAGGUUAAGCCGCCAACAGCAACAGGAUCACCCAUAAGGACAGUAGCAGCUGCUCCAAUAGCUACAGAUCCAGCUACAGCUCCAGUUCCAGUAGCUGCAGUUCCAAUGGCUGCCGUUCCAGCUCAAGUAUCUGCAGUUCCAGCGUCUCUAGCUCCAGUUCCAGUAGCUGCAGUUCCUAUAUCUGCAGUUCCUCCUUCAAUGGCUAUAGUUCCAGCUCCAAUAGCUACAGCUCCAGCUUCAAUAGCUGCAGUUCCUGCUCCAAUAGCUGCAAUUCCAGCUCCAAUCGCUGCAGUUCCGGCUCCAAUCACUGCACCUCCAGCUACAAAAGUUAUAGUUCCAGCAGCUCCCAAGCCUGUUGCGACUACUGUUGUCAAGGCUGCUCCGAAGCCUGCUCCGAUGACUGCUGCCAAGCCUGUUCCGAAGCCUCCUGCCAAACCUGUUGCCAAGCCUGUUGCCAGGUCUGCUCCCAAGCCUGCUGCAGCAACUCAUAUUGCAACCGCUGCCAAAGCUGCACUUCCUGUGUCUGCGUCAGUCGUUGCAAAAACUCCUGCAGCUACCGCUAAAAUGGCGACCAUGCCACACACAUCCACGCCAAAAGCGAUAGUCCAUAAGCCCAAGCCCAAGGAUGCGCGCAUGUCACACAUCUGUCGCUGUGGCACCACCUCGGCACCUGGUAAGGCGACCUGUCGCAAUUCGCGCUGCACUUGCUAUGUGGCGGGCAAAUCGUGUGUGGAUUGCAAAUGCAUUGGUUGCAAGAAUCCACAUCAGGAUGCAACUGAUACGAGUGAUGAGGAGGACUUUAACAUGGAUAUAGAAACAGAGGUGGCACCAGCCGAGGAGCCCGCUGAGGAGCCCGUUGAGGAACCCACUCCAGCAUCAACUGACAUGCAAUCAGGCUUCACAUUAGUGCCCCUUGACAAUCUACAGCAAUCGCAGCAUCCGCUGGUCCUCAUGCAAAACGAGAAUGGUCAAUACCAGGGUUUCAACAUAUUCAAUGGCAGUGAGCCCGUCGAUCCGGCCACGCUGGGUUUUCAGCGCGUACCGUUGCGUAGCAAUGAUGGGAACUCAUCAAUACCUGAAUUUGCUUAUAUAAUGCCACCGCCGACGGUGGAGCCAACGACAGCCACAACGGAGCCAGAUCCACCACCAUCACCCACAAUGGAGCGCCCGGCGAAGAGAUUCAAGAGCUUCCGCAAGAGGUUAGAUAUGGAACGCAAUGUGCUCAGAAAGUCGGCCGAUAUGCUUGUCAGCGCUGGUAAUGCUGCUGCUGGCGACGGCAGUAUGGACGGUGACAAGGAUGAGGCCAUUUUGGAGCGUAUCUUCUCGGAUUUGUAAGCAAUCAGUGUAGUAGACGGGCUAACCGGCCUCGCAAUUUGUACAUGGUCCUCGUUUUAUAGUUGCCAUCAUGUUCGUUUAGUUGUGUAUGUUGUAAAUAUUUGUAUGUAGGUAGAACUGUGCGUGUCUCUUCAUGUAUGUGUGUCCUGUACCUGUGGACCGAUAUAUACCACUAUUUGUAUAUAUAUUUAUGAUACCUAAAUCCGAUUCAGGUACAGGACAAACCAUUUCUCUGGUCGGUUGCAAUCGACUUAAGCGCUCAUCCCCUCAUCUCAUCUUAUUUUAUUUCAGCUCUUAUUUUCAAUGCACAAUCGUAUCUUACACAUUUUAUGCUUGUUUUAUUCACGUUGAUUAGCUGGUUUAACCAGCAGCUCAAGAAAUUCACAUUCACUCAUCUACACAGAUCUGUUAAGAUCAUCACACUUGAAGACGUUGAGUGACAACUGAAAUUAUUUAUAUUUUAUCCAAUGUAA